CGGUGACUGGGCAGUGGAAAGAGGCUGACUCCAGACGAGCGUGACGGGCACAUGGCGGCGCCGGACCUACGGGCCGAGCUGGACUCGCUGCUCCUGCAGCUGCUCCGGGACCUGGAAGAACUGGAGGCGAAGCGGGUGGCGCUGAACGCCCGGGUGGAGGAGGGCUGGCUCUCGCUUUCCAAAGCUCGCUACGCUAUGGGUACCAAGUCGGUAGGGCCCCUACAGUAUGCCUCUCGCAUGGAGCCCCAGGUCUGCGUCUGUACCAGCGAGACGCAAAACGGUCUCCAGAAAUUUCGGGUGGUAAGAGCCAGCGCCCAGACUCCAGAGGAGGUGGGGCCCCGCGAGGCAGUUCUGCGCAGGCGCAAGGGCCUCACCAGGACCCCAGAGCCAGAGUCCUCCCCAGCCCCCCAGGACCCUCUGAACUGGUUUGGAAUCCUGGUUCCCCACAGUCUGCGGCAGGCCCAAGCCAGCUUCAGGGAGGGCCUGCAGCUGGCUGCAGACAUGGCCAGCCUUCAGAUCCGCAUCAGCUGGGGUCGAAGCCAGCUCCAGGGGCUCCAGGACACACUCAAACAGCUCGAGUCCAGGGUGGCCUGACCUGUGGCCAAAAGCAGGCCAUGAGCACAGCUAUUCUUUUAUAUGGCUCCUUUAUCUAGGCUUUCUUCCUGCCCCUGCCCUCCCCCCCACCCUUCACUCCCUACCCCCAGUUUCCCUCUGUAAAACAUCUCUGCUGCAUGUUUCCAACUUUGUUAGGUAUGAAAGCUUAAAGAGGCAAACAGGGAUGUUGAAAGUCACUACUGUGAAACCACUUCUAGUCCUGUGUUCUAGGACACACAUGUAGGGCAGGUGCAAAGCUGUUAGAUUAGUUUACACUAGUGAACAACUAGAACAACAUCAGCAUAAAUCAGUAUGGGUGACAUACUGCACAGCGAUGGUGGGAAGGACAAGAAGUAGGUGCUUCAGUUUCACUAGAUCCUCAGAACUGAUUUUGAUGGAGGAAAAAAAAUGCAUGGCUAACAGAUCAGAAGAGAAUGAUUCCACAUCAAUAAAAA